CUACUAGUUGCUGAAAAACAAAACAACGAGGAAAACAGAUGAUGCAGAAUGAAGUUUGACUUGGAAAACAACCACCAAUCAAAUGGAUAAUGAGAACACGACUCUGAAAACUGGAUAUCUAUUGAAAUUUGAGCCAAACAAAAGAUGGAAAAUCCGAUGGUUGGUACUUCAUGAAGAUCAACUCACUUGUCAUCAUAGACGUGACAAGGCAGUUAUAGUCACCAUAAUUUCAUUACAAGGAGCAUCAGUUAUCUGCCCCUGUCUAGAUGACCCUGUAGCUGAUGCUCAGGGAGUGUUCAAGAUUGUUCUGCCGGAGGGAGAAGAGAUAUACCUGCAGGCUGCUGGAAGGAAGGACCGUGAAGGAUGGGCUCAUGCCAUUGGGGCUGUAAUACGCUCCAUCUCUGGCUCAAAACAG